AUUAGAUUUUGAUUGAAACUGAUCGAUCACUAAUCAGCAGAGGCAGUGUCAUUGUCCAACUACCACUACAGAAUUUCUGAUUCAGCCGAAAGCAACACCUGAUUUCAACUGUGGAACCCACCAAACAUUCACAAAAUCAAAUAUAUAUUUAUUUAUUACAAUUAUAUUAUUCACCCUAAGCUCACCCACUCUCCUCUUUUUCUCUCUCAUUUUUCUAACGUUCCUCGCUAAUUCUCUCUCGGGAAAAUGGGGGUCGACGACGAUCGCCUCGCCGAGUUGAAUCCUAAGACCAGGACCUGCGUUGUUAUCGGCGGAAGAGGCUUCAUUGGAAGAUCUCUCGUUCUUAGCCUCCUGAAACUUGGUAAGUGGUUUGUACGAAUCGCCGAUUCCGCUCACUCCCUUCACCUCGACCCUUCCGAGCAUGACUCCCUCCUUUCACAUGCUAUCGCCUCCGGCCGAGCCUCUUAUCACCACAUCGACGUUCGUGACAAUUCUCUGGUCCUCAAAGCUGUUGAAGGUUCUUCUGUCGCUUUCUAUGUGGAUCAUGUUAAUUUACAUGCUGAUGAUUUUUAUCUCUGCUACACGAUUAUAGUUCAAGGUGCAAAAAAUAUCAUCAACGCUUGUCGAGAAUGCAAAUUAAGAAGGUUAAUAUACAACAGUACUGUAGAUGUGGUUUUUGAUGGUUCACGUGCUAUAGUUAAUGGAGAUGAAUCAUUGCCAUACCCUGGGAAAUUUGAUCAUAUAUUGAGUGACCUUAAGGCUCAAGCGGAAGCACUUAUCCUCCUUGCUAACAAUAUCGAUGGCCUUUUAACAAGUGCAAUUCGUCCUUGCAAUGUAUUUGGACCUGGGGACACAAAUCUUGUGCCAUUUUUUGUGACCUUGGCAAGAUCUGGUUUGACAAAGUUUAUUAUAGGGAGUGGUGAAAACAUGUCAGACUUUACCUAUGUUGAGAAUGUUUCUCAUGCCCAUAUUUGUGCAGAGGCAGCUCUAGAUUUUAGGAUGGCUUCUGUAGCUGGGAAGGCUUUUUUCAUCUCAAAUCUUCAUCCCAUAAAAUUCUGGGACUUUUUAUCACUAAUUUUGGAAGGCCUAGGAUAUCAAAGACCACUAGUUAAACUUCCUGCAAGGAUGGUUUGGCAUAUUUUAUCAUUUAUAAAAUGGGCGCAUAGAAAAUGGGGCUUUUUAGAAUGCAGUCAUGCUCUGUUUCAUUAUGCUCAACUAGCCUCACGCUCAAGAACUUUCAACUGUUCUGCAGCUCAAAAACAUAUUGGGUACUCACCAUUGGUCUCCCAUGAAGAAGGUGUCUCACUAACCAUUCAGUCAUUCUCACAUCUAGCUAAGGACAUGUUUUACUCAAGAUACUGUGAUCGUGAUGAACCAUCAAAAGUAGAGAAGCUACUAGGUGGUGGGAAAGUUGCAGAUAUAUUGUUGUGGCGUGAUGAGAAGAAAUCAUUUACAUGUUUCCUUGCUCUUGUUCUGCUGUUCAACUGGUUUUUCCUUUCUGGAAGAACUUUUGCUGAUUCUGCAGCCAAGCUGUUGCUACUUCUUACAUUUUUUCUUUUUGGAUACGGUGUACUACCUACAAAAGUAUUUGGUUUCGAUGUCAAGAGGUUGCCUUUAUCUUGCUUUGAGAUUCAUGAAGGGGUGGUGAAAGAUUCAAUUACAGCAGUUGCACGUUUGUGGAACAGAGGGUUCUAUUGUGUUAGAUCUUUGGCUAAAGGACAUCAUUGGAAACUUUUCUUUAAGGUUGUCGCUUCUGGAUAUUUUCUGAAGUUGAUAUCCUUGCAUUCCUCGAUGAUGGCUAUGGGCAUAGCUCUGGCAUUUGCAUUCACUACAUUUUUUGUUUACGAGCAAUAUGAAUCUGAAGUAGAUGGAGUAGCAAAGUUUCUACAUGGUGGUGUGAAGGAAAUAGGGAAAUUAUUGAAAACUAACCUACCUCAUUCGGGGGCAUCUAUUCUUUGUAAGAACAAUAAUCCUCCUCAAUAUAAGAAGUCUGCACCAGCACAACAUUGGAAAUAGCUAUGACAGCAUUCUGCUUCUUUCUUGUAUUCAAUUUUUAUUUCUUAAUUAAUGAUAAUGCUUGAUGGGGGCUAAUUCUUAGAGGAUUGUAUUAAGAUAUAGAGUUGGGGCAUUCUCCCACCAAGAGAGAGAUAGGUUUAAUUUAGUAGACUCGUAUAUUUCUUACCUUCAUUGCUGUAUAGUUGUUAAACCGCUCUGCCUUGCCCUUCCCACCUAUAUUAGUGAUUGCUGAACAUGAAUGUUUUGAUUGGAUCUGAAGUUUCAUGAUGAAAACUGGCAAUUUACUGAGUUGAAAAAAGAAAAAGAAAAAAGUCGCACGUAUUUGACCUCUGAUAUAUAUAAAUUAUAAUCUUGAUUUUCUGUUC